CCAUUUCCACUCAUCACUCAUCCAUCACACACACUCAGCAACACUCAACAACUAAAAUGUCUUCCCUCCCACCAAUUAUCGCCACAAUAGUCGUUGUAGUUGCUUGUUUGUCAAGUGCCCUAGUCGCAGCUCAAAACUGUGGCUGUGCCCCCGGUUUUUGCUGCAGUAAAUUUGGUUACUGUGGCACAACAGACGCCUACUGUGGCAAGGACUGCAGACAAGGCCCUUGCACUUCUGGUUCAACUCCCUCUACUCCCACCCCCACCCCAAGUGGUGGUGGUGGUUCGGUCUCGAGUUUGGUGACCGACUCCUUCUUCAAUGGGAUCGUUAACCAAGCAGGCUCAGGCUGUGCUGGUAAGAACUUCUACACCAGGUCUGCUUUCCUGAGUGCUCUCAAUAGCUAUCCUCAGUUCGGCACUGUAGGAUCCUCCGACGAUAGAAAGCGUGAAGUUGCUGCCAUGUUCGCUCAUUACACCCAUGAAACUGGACAUUUUUGCUAUAAAGAGGAGAUUGCAAAAUCAACCUACUGUAACACUACACAAUUUCCGUGUAAUCCAAGCAAGCAAUACUACGGAAGGGGGCCAGUUCAAAUAACAUGGAACUACAACUACAUACCAGCAGGUAGAAGCAUUGGAUUCGACGGUUUGAAUUCACCAGAAACAGUUGCCAAUGAUGCUGUUGUUGCCUUCAAGACAGGAUUCUGGUUUUGGAUGAACAAUGUUCAUUCUAGGAUCACCUCUGGUCAAGGGUUUGGGUCAACCAUUCAAGCUAUCAAUGGAAUGGAAUGUGGUGGAAGAAACACGGCUGCUGUCAAUGCUCGUGUUAGUUACUAUACUCAGUAUUGUCAGCAGUUUGGUGUUUCACCUGGAAGUAACCUUUCUUGCUAAGCUAGUUACACCUCACCUCUAAUGGCUAAUUAUUUCUAUCUUCCUUCCACAAGUCACGAAAACAAAGGGAAUAAUUUGAACUCUUCACAAUUAAAGGUUUUUGUAUGUGUUGCAGACUUGCAGUCGGCCUCGGCCUGCCUUGUAUUACUCUCAAAUUAAUAAUUAUCUAAUUUCUGUUUUUAGCA